CUCCCUCCCUCCUCACGGCGCCGGCUCGGAGGGGGCCUGGCUGGAGUGGAGGGGCCGGAGCCCGGGAGCUGCCGCCGUUGCCGCCAUGGUCCGGGCCCGCAGCACCCCGGAGCCUCCAGAGCGCUCGGCCCGCUGGGGCCUGGUCCUGCUCGGGGCGCUCCUCGCCGCCAUCGCCGCCGCCGCCGUCCGGGGAUACGCCGGCUAUCGGGAGGCGCAGGCCGCGGCGCGAAGGGAAGCAGCAUUAAAGUCCCUGGGGACAGAAGGGCUGUACCUGUUCUCCUCUCUAGAUUUAGACAAAGACCUGUCUAUCAGCCCAGAAGAGUUCAAGCCCAUUGCUGAGAAAUUCACAGGGUCAAUGGCAGUCACUGACUAUGAGGAAGAAGAAAAGUCAGCACUUGAUCCCAGUGAGAUGCUCUACAUAGAAGAGAACCUGUCCUCAGAGGAAAAGCUGUCCAUAGUAGCCCGAUUCCAGCCCCUCCUCCUGGAGACCAUGACAAAGAGCAAAGAUGGUUUUCUAGGGGUUUCUCAUCUUGCCCUGUCUGGGCUUCGAGAAUGGAGGACCCCUGCCUCAGAGCUCAUGGAGUUCUCUGCUCACCAGUUCAAGCCUUUCCUGCCCCCCAGGAGCAACAUGGAGCUGGGAGAGCCCUGGUGGGUUAUUCCCAGUGAGUUAAGCAUCUUCACUGGAUAUCUCUCUAACAACCGCUUCUACCCACCUCCUCCGAAAGGCAAAGAGGUCAUCAUCCACAGAUUGCUGAGCAUGUUCCACCCACGGCCCUUUGUGAAGACCCGCUUUGGGCCCCAGGGCGCAGUGGCCUGCCUCACAGCCAUCAGUGACUCCUACUACACGGUUGCUUUCAGGAUCCACGCAGAGUUCCAACUCAACGAGCCCCCCCACUUUCCCUUCUGGUUCUCUCCAGGACAGUUCACCGGGCACAUCAUCCUCACCAAAGAUGCCACCCAUGUCCGUGAAUUCAAGCUCUUUGUGCCUAACCACAGGUCUCUGAAUGUGGACAUGGAGUGGUUGUAUGGGGCUAAUGAGAAGAGCAACAUGGAAGUGGACAUCGGCUACCUCCCUCAGAUGGAGCUUGAAUCCCAGGGCCCCUCAGUGCCAUCUGUGAUCCAAGAUGAGAAUGGCAAUGUGAUUGACAGCCGCCUGCUUUCUGGGGAGCCUAUCCAGUUUGUGUUUGAGGAUAUUAUGUGGCAGCAGGAGCUCAGCUGGGAGGAGGCAGCCCAGCAGCUGGAGCUCGCCAUGUACCCAUUCAAGAAGGUCACCUACCUGCCGUUCACUGAAGCAUUUGACCGAGCCAAGGCCGAAAACAAACUAGUGCACUCCAUCCUGCUCUGGGGGGCCCUAGAUGACCAGUCCUGCUGAGGUUCAGGGCGGACUCUCCGGGAGACAGUCCUGGAAAGUUCGCCCAUCCUCACCCUCCUCAAUGACAACUUCAUCAGCAGCUGGUCCCUCGUGAAGGAGUUGGAGGAGCUUCAGAAUAACCAGGAGAAUGAAUUCCACAAGGAGCUAGCGAGCCUGCACUUGGAGAAGUACAACUUCCCCGUGGAGAUGAUGAUCUGCUUACCCAAUGGGACCGUGGUACAUCAUAUUAAUGCCAAUUACUUCCUGGACAUCACUUCCAUGAAGCCAGAAGAUAUUGAGACUGGUGUCUUCAGCUUCUCAUCUACCUUUGAAGAUCCAUCUACAACCACCUAUGCACAAUUCCUGAAGGAGGGACUUCGCCGAGCUCAGCCCUUCCUUCAGCCCUAGGACCCCAGGCAAAAGAGCACACAGCUGGAUAAACUUUCUUAUUCCAAGCUGGCUUCUUUCAGUCCCCAGUUGUGACAGAAAUUCCCCCAUCAGUCACAAGGACAGAGCUGAUCCUAAAGCCAGAGUGGUCCUUCACACAUUUCAGUCCCACAGAACUGUCUCUCCAAGAUGCAGCUACUGGCCUUGGCCUCUUUGGACCCAGUGAUGGCGUAGGGCUCCCUGUUUCAGGUUCCAUUUCUUCACGGUUUCCUCCAGCUGUUCCUGCUUUGAAUCCUAAAUGUUUAGAAAAGAAAUAGGAUUGGUUUCCAGGGUUUCCUAUGGGGAAAGACCCACUCUAGUGUCCCUGGCACCUGAGGACUUGGCAGCCCUGAACCCUUCCUUUUGUUCUCCAUUAGGGCUAUCCUGUUGCCACUAGCUUUUCAAAAGCAAGCCAGGUUUCAAGACAAGAAUCCACUUGUCCAUUUGCGGUGAGGAGCAUUGUGGAAAGAGAGCUGGGAUUUGGUCUAGAAGAUACCAAACUAUAUGCCUCUUGCCCAGCUGCCUCACCCUCAGGCCAAAGGAGACUCUGUCAUCCAUCCUGAGCAGCCUUUCUGCUCCCCUGAAGUUUGCCCUGACUCCAUUUAUUACUGUUGUCUUCUCCAAGAUUUGGUGGAAUUGGCCCAAGCCAGACUGGUUCAGGUCAGAAGAGAAAGGGAGACUGAAGCUAGAUACAGCUAUAUCACCAGGAACACCCCUGAGGGACCACACUGUCUGGUCUCUGUUUUACAAUGAGAAACCAGGUUUUGGUGGAGACCAAGGAUACCCUUGAAAAAGACAAGUCACAGGAGGACCGGUAUAGAAACAGGUCCAAGACGUGGGUAGUCAGACUUCAUCUCAUCCACCCUCCUUGGUCUUUGUAAGAUGGGGGUCUCAUGGACAGAGUGCUUGUCAUCCCCAGAUACUGUUUGGUGUCCUCUGCUUGUUUCCUGCCUCCCUGAGUGCACUGUUCAGCAGUAUUGUAGCCAUAGGACCCCAUAAGCCAAAUGCCUAUUGGUAAAGCAAGGAGAUCUGGCUCUUGGAGCUGAGCUGAGCACUGCAGCUCUGGCCUCGACAAGUGGAAACCAGGAUGCUUCCCCUCCCAUUCAGUUCAGUCCUUGGGUGCUCACCUGAGUGUAACCUUGAGGCCCUAUGGUGGAGUGAAAAGAGCCUAUAUGUGGAGGCCAAAGGCCUGGCUUCCAAUCCUAGAUCUCCUGCUUAUCUGCAUGACUCAGAAUUCAGAUUUCAGAGCAGGAAGGGACCUCAUUGGCCACCUGGGCCCAUAAGGAAAAGAGUCCCCACUACAUUCUACCCAGGUGGUCAUCCAGCCCCUAAUGAGGAGGAAGCCCAUUACCUUCCCAUUCCACCUUUGAUGGUUAGGGAGUUUUUCCUUAUGUCAAGCCCAGUUCACAUCUGCCUCUUUGCAGUUUCUCCCUAUUGCUCCUAGUUCUGCCUCAUGGGGCCAGCAGGAUAAGUCUGAUCCCUCUUGCAGCUGACAUUCCCUCAGAUGCUUAAUGUGACACAGCUCAGUAGGCACUGGGAGCUUGCUGAGGGUAAGCAGUCUGCCCUUACCCUUAAGCACAUUAUUCAACUUCUCCAGGCCUAUGAAAAAUGAGGGGUUGGAUUAGAUAAUCAGUGAAGUUUCUUAGGAUUCUACCUGUUACAAGUCUCAUAAGACAUGAGCUCUCUAGGAAACGGAAUUAAGCUAGUUGUUUUGUUUGGCUGACUAGACCCUCAAAACCCUCUCAGCUCCAGCUGGAGGUCCUUCUAUCAGCAGAAAAAGGAUUUUUGUAAGUGAUCCCAAUUCAAGAAGCAUUUAUUAAGCAGGUAUAGGGUACAAAGCACUGCGAGAGUCUUUACCAACCCAGCAUAGGAUUUUUUGCAAAAGAAUUCAAUCCAGCCAAAGAACCUUGCUUUUCAGGAAACCAGUAGAAAAAUAUUGAGCAUUAAAAAGCCAUAACUAUUAGAGAAAACAGGAAACCAAGCUGUCCUCUGCUUUUGGAGCCACACUUUACUCCCCCACCUCCCUUUGGGCCCCCUUCCCAUAAGCCAGGUCAGGCUCCCACCUCCGUAGUGCUGGAGCACCUUUUUUAUAUACAUAUAAAAGUAUUUUCAUAUUUGUACUUUCUAGUCCAUACAGUUUGUAGAUAUUUUUGAUAACUCCACUGAGGAGGAAGAGGGAUUUCUGUUCUCUGCCUGUAACUGUUCUUUAUGACGGCUUGAUCCUAAAUCCCACAUGGGUCAAGCUUGAUGUCUUCUUGACAGUGACUGGAAGGGAAAGAAAACUCCCUCUUCCUUCUCUUCACAUUUUUAAACAUUCCUUUGGGCAAACAGAUUACCAUUGCUCAAUGAUUAUCUACCCAUCUGCUUUCCAUGUCCUUUUCCUCAGGGUACCCCUCUCCAGAUGAGAACAUCCUUAGUCUCCAGUCCUUGGGGUCUGCAGGCAGUCCUAACUAGGCCAGUGACUCCCCCUAUGUCAGCCGUGACAGCUGACCGCUCCCUUAAGGCUCAAGAAACAAUAUUGCUUUGGACCCACUAGCCUAAGUUCCCCAAGCUCUCCCCAGACUCCAGGGCCCCAGAAAAGGGUUAGUAUAGUAACGGAUGCCAAGUUCCAUUCUUAAGCAUGAUGGAAGCCCAUGCUUAUCUUUAUCCUUAACAGCAGUCUCCUGGGUCAACUCAUCUAAUUAUCCAUGGCAUUAGUCAAUAUUAAUGUUAGCACUCUUUUAUUCUGUUCUUCGCCCAGUGUCUGCAGGCCAGCAACAACUGAAAGGCAAGGUUAUUUUCAGACCAAAAUGUUUAAUCCCUUCCAGACACCUCCCAUCUUGGAAAAGGAAGAGAGAACAGCUUAGCUCUGAUCCUUGCUUUGCAGUUCUGAGAGGCAAUGCUGUCAACAGCAUGGGAUGUAGAAGAGGUGAUUGUUGAUCAGAGAGACAGGAAAGAGAAGCAGGGUGCUUCCUCCGGCUUUUCCUGAGUCAUCUCAGUGCAGAGUUUGGAGGGUGUCCAAUGUAUGUGUUAAAAAAGACAACAUAGAAUUAAGUCUGUAAGUUGCCCAUUCAGUGGUGGAAGUAAUUAAAGACUUGCCCAUGAGGGGUUUAAAUAUCAAUGAGUUGAAGUAUUAGCCCAUGUGACUAAUUGCUUCAUUUGAUUAUAGUAUUGACCUAUUGAGUAUUCUUGCUUUUUUUUAACAUCUCUGUAGUUACUGUACACUAUAGAUGGGACCCAGAGCCUUAAUCCUGAAGGAACUUAGUGGGUGAGCUUCUAGCUCACAUUCCCCUUUGGCCCUUUCCCUGUGCUGUACACCAGUGCCAUCCUUAUGUGUUCUAAUAAAGUCAUGGAAACGUUCACA